CACCUCUCACACUUAUGGAGCUCUGUAGCAUACAGCAAAUGCUGACUGUUUGGAAUAAUAUUUAAAGAGCUCAGUCAGUUAGAUAUUUCUGAGGGAAGUGACUGGGAUUUAUAGCAAUCUAUACAUUAGUAAAUAUGCUUCUAGCGGUGUGCUUAGUGCUUUGUAUAAAUUAUGCUGAUUUUAAAGAGGUGGUUGGAGAUGGGUUCCCACCUAUGUGGAACUCUGUUCCAGACAACUUGGAAUAUUUCAGAGUUCAGAACUCCAAAGUCAUCAUAAAUCCCUGGAAUUAUCGAGAAAGGAUGGCAAUGUAUAAAAUUUUACUAAACAUCACAGCCCAAUAUCUGGAUAUGAAACAGCAAGACAACAAACAGAAUAUGCUGUGGGGUUUGCCUUUGCAACUUGGCUGGCAGUUUUCUACAGGACGGCUUUCAGGCCCUUUGGUAUCGAGUACCUGUGGCGACAGAAAUGAAAACCAAACAUGCAUUUCAGAUAGAAGCUGGUGGGCAUGCAUAAAUUACUACUUGUCUGUCAUCCCAUUCCUUGGAGCCUUUGAUGCAGGAUUCUUCAGUGAAUAUCCAUAUAAAAUAGAGAUAUCAAAGCCAAAAGAAUUUAUUUCUGACUAUUGCUUCAACAUUACCGACUGCCGUUUGUUUUCACCAGAAGCUAUGGAGGAAUGGAAAACAUUUUUUGAGUUUAUUAAACUACCUAGACAGAAACUUGAAGAUGAAACAGAUAAAUUCUUGUUUCGCAUGUGGAAGGCUCAUGUUGUGUCUGUCAGCAAAGCGCUUCCGCUGUGCGCAAAGAGGUUAAAGUAUGCUUCAGAACGUGAAGGAAAUUUUGGAAUAGACUGGGCAUCAGGUGUAGAAUUUAUUGCAGCAACCCACUUUCACACUGAUUUCAAGAACACUAACACAUACCAGAUUUAUCUACCCCAUCGGAUGCUUAUUCAAGAAGAUAACGCUCCAUAUAUUGAUGAUUUCUCAGAAGGGGAAAACAGAGUAUUGUCAUCUUUACAAAAGAUCAAUAAAAUUAACCAUUUUACAGGGGGUUCUCUUUUGCGGCUCUGGAAAAAAGCAAUGUGCUCUGCAGAGGGAAGAAUUGAAGGCCGACAGCUACUUCAAAACAUGGCUGCGGGUGAUAAACUGCAACUAAUAAAUAUAUUUGGAGCACUUAAGGAGCUGAUUAGAAAUGCAACAUGUUAAGUUUAUAUAAAAAAAUCAACACAUUUAAAAAACUUUUUUUAUUUUGGUGUAUUUCAAUGCAUUCCCUAUUCACACAUUCUGGGUUUUUCCCCUUAGCCACCCAAACUCAGUAUAGGCCAGUGACCCCAAACUCUGGCUUUCCUUUAAGUACCUAAAACCAGCUUUGAUAAACUUGCAGAGGUGAGAAGCUGAGCACUGGGCCACAAUCUUUAUCCUUCUCUCUGAUGUGUAUUUUGAGUAGGCGCAUGUGCAGUACAUAAUCUUCCAAGAUUUCUGUAUGUUUUAAAAAGAGGCACAAGCCGGGGUAAAACGUAAGCAACAAGAAUCACAAGGGGGUUCAUACCGCAGGGAUGCACAGAUUUUCAAAAUAUACAAUUCAUAAAUAGUUACUGAGGGUACCAACUAAACAGAAUUCUCAAUUCCAGAGGCUCCGGUAUAAGAUAUACAAAAUCUUAGAUCACAUACCUGUAGUUUAUAGUUAUAUCAUCCAAAAACCCAAUAUGUAUAAAGUUUGAAGUACGAAAAUGCCAUUUCACAAGUCCUAUUUAAGCAAACAAUUAUUUUUUGAAUAAUUCGUUUUUUGCCUAUAAUGAUAAAUAUUUUACUUUUUUACCCAUGUACAACCAUAAAAUGUGCUGAUGGCAAAACAAUCCUAUUUUUUAAUAUUUAAAUUCUCUUUAGUUUCAGCAAUAAAUGGAGCUCCCAAUUACUGAAGGACCCCUUAUCAACCCCAGAUUCCAGUCAUUCCAGAUAAUAGAUCCUGUACCUGUGAAUUUUUUUCCUGAUAAAACCUGUUUAAACAAAGUGCCAUUUCAGUGGCUAAAUUCCAAUAUUACCUAUGGGGUAGGCAACGAGACUUGAAAUUGAGUCUUAAUAUAUUUUGCCUCAAAAGGAAAGCCUGUUGAAAUCUAGUAGUUUACAUAUAAGUAUCUAUUGUGUAUAGCAAAUGCAACCCAAUAAUUAAGAAUAAAUAGGUUUGUAUAAUAAAUAGGCAUAUAUGAUACUCUCUUAAUAAGCCAAUGCAGUUACACCUAAUUUUCUAAUUAGUGACUCUUGUUUAGCUCAUUCCCAUCUCAUUAAGAAGAGCCUUCCUGAAAAUAUAAAUGAGGAGUCUGUUAAUUAGGCUUCUAAGUGAUUAAAAAACAGAGAUUGAUAUAAAGCCAAAUAAUAGCUGGCCUGAUGCUGCACGCCCUUCAAAUGUUAUGGAGAUGUCUGCCAUGAAAUAAAGCAUUGAUAUUAAAAAGAAAAGCAAUGUUAGACUAGUGAUUUUCCAUACACACAGGAUGUUUACUCUUCUAAAUUAAUUAAGUGAUUGCUGUUUAUACCAAAUAGAAGCAAAUAGCAAAUUAAUUAAAGCCACCUCUGUGAGCUCUCUUGACUGUUCCACAGUCAGAUUCAUCUCUGUACAUUAAGAGUAUUUAUUGCUUUUUUUCUUGUGCAUCAUUUGCUCUGAUUAAGAUACAAGAAUGAUGAACAUUGAUUAAAAUAGCUACAGUACAUUCAUCUUAAAAUAAUUAAAAUCUGCGCUGAGUAAAUAUAUAUAUAUAUAUAUAUACACAUAAAAGUUCAGAAAAGGUCGGCACUCACGACAAGUAGACAAUGGAAGCCUGGGUGCAGUCCUCAAGAGCGUAGACAAUCCAUCGAAGAAUGGGCCGCAACACACAGGUCUUAUCACUAAGUUUUGUAGUUUAUUAGGUAAAUCACGAAGGACUGACGUUUCGGCUACUCCUGCAGCCUUUCUCAAAGUGAACACACAUACAAAAAAACCAAGCUUAAAUACCCAGUGUGGUGGGAAACACAGAUAGUGACGUGCCUAUGAUGUACCUCUAUAAUGUUAAACCAAAUUUACAUACACAACGAGUGAAAAUAAAACAAAAAAUAAAAAAUAAUGAAAUGUCCAAAGUCAACAAUGAAACCAUAUUUGCCAAAUGUAAUAAUCCACAGCGUGACAAUCCUUGUAGCUCUUUUGUGUCAAUUUAAAUAAAAAACAUAACCGCUUUGUACAGCA